CGAUCGAUCGCCUGCUUCUCUUGGAGAAAAUUCCCUGUGGUUUCUGUGGUGUUUAGUUGUCACUUCAAGUUAAUUUAAUUUUUGUUUUUUUUAGCCCUGGCACAUCCCUCCACAUCAGGGGCAUGAGCGCAGAGGAGCAGGACAAGCUGCGCACUCUGUUCCGCGCCUACGACGUGGACAACUCGGGGCGGAUCGAGAGAAACGAGUUUUUGACCCUGUGCUCGGAGCUGCAGAUGUGCACGGCGCAAGCCGACAAGAUAUUUAACCGUCUGGACGUCGGUAAGGACGGCGGUGUCUCCCUGCCGGAGUUCAUUGGCGGCUUCCAGGACCGUUACGGAGAGGACAUGGCGCGUGACGCCGGGGAGUCCUCCGCCGCGUGGGAGGACUUCGAGAGGAGACUGGGGGAGCAGGCCAAGUUCAUCCCCAGGAAUGAGCACCUGGACACGUUGUACCAGAACAUCAGCCUUACUGAGCCCAGACUGGUGCCUCACUUUGAGAAAGUCAUCAUAAACUUCACCAAGGAGAUCAAACAGCAGAACUCAGAGAAGGAAAACCUGGCACUUGCUGUCAAACGAGCACAGGAUCAAGCGACAAUGCAGCUCAGUGAGAUGGAAGAGGAGAUGGACCAACGUAUUCAUGCUGCUGAGAGCAAAGCACAAGAACAGGAGAAGAGGCGAGCCGAGGCCACACUCCGUGACCUGCAGCAGCAUUAUGAAGCUGAAGUGUUUGAGCUGCAGUGUAAGAUCCAGAAGAUGCAGAUGAUAGAAGAAAAGUACAAGAAUAUUACCACUAAUGAUGAGAGUACAGCUUUGAAGAAGAAAAUCAAUGAACUAACGCUGGAGAACCAGCGAUUAAAACAGGAGGUGCUAAAGUCUCAGACCAGAGUGGCCUGUCUGCAGAGCGAGAUGGACACGCUAAAGACAAAACUAACCGACCAAAGUAUCAACUCUGAAAGAGAUGAUGAGCUCAUAAAACACUUCUCUGAGGAGCGAGACAUUCUGGAAAGCCAGAUUGAGAUUUUACAGACAGCAAACAGGAAGCUCCAUGACAGCAACGAUGGACUGAGAUCCGCUCUGGAGAGGACGAACAGGUCUGGUGGUCACAGCGGGUCACCAGGAGAUGUAAAGGACAGAGACAAAAGUAAAAGCUUUUGUUAUACGUCACCACAAGCAUUCUUAGAAAGGUUCUACCAGCGUAUGGACGAGUACCCGCUGUACCCAAAGCGGCCCAGUUGUGACACUCUGGCCCUGGCCAUGUGUGACCCUGGUCUGAGGCGCAGACACAGCAGCGAGUGUGAGGACGACAGCCUGCCUGAGAUCUACAUGGACAGUGGCAUGUCCACCCUCAGGGGGUCUCACAGAGGCUACGACUCUGACCAGGAUGUCAAAGGUCAAGAUGAAGAUGACAUGGAAGAGAAAGAGAUGACAAAAGCGGAAGAUGACAACAACAUGAUGGGAGAAAACUCUGACACUGAGACAUUAGAGACCCUGGAUGGUGAGUCUGCAUUUGGGUCAGACACCAGCUCAGUCUUGGAUUGGAAGCCCUCAGAACCCCUGAGCAUUACGGAACUCCCAAGUGUGAUCGAACCUCCAAACCCCAGGACACGAAAAGCUCUCAGUGCCAUCAGUGCUCAGAAGAAGGACGGGGACAGCACUGACCUUUCCUAUAUGACAUCAGAGAAGGCUUACAGGAUUGUGUUGGCUGGAGAUGCUGCUGUGGGAAAGUCCAGUUUCCUGCUUCGCCUCUGCAAGAAUGAAUUCAAAUUAAACUCCAGCACCACUCUGGGUGUGGACUUCCAGAUGAAGAUGCUUGUUGUGGAUGGAGAGCCCACUUUAUUACAGCUGUGGGACACUGCUGGACAGGAGAGAUUUCGCAGCAUUGCAAAGUCUUAUUUUCGUCGAGCAGACGGCGUGUUGCUGUUGUACGAUGUCACCUGUGAGAAGAGCUUCCUUAAUGUCAGGGAGUGGGUGGACAUGAUUGAGGAUGUGUCUCAGGAUGAUAUUCCCAUCAUGCUCAUAGGAAAUAAAUGUGACCUCAGACAGGGUGGAGUCAGCUGUGUUCCUACCAGCUAUGGAGAAAAACUAGCUAUGACUUAUAACACUCUGUUCUGUGAAACGAGCGCCAAAGAUGGAAACAACAUCCUGGAGGCUGUUUUACAUCUGGCCAGGCAGGUUACAAGGAAGGCCCAUUUGGAAGACAGCAGCCGCUAUAAGUCGGUGACCAACUUAGAAACUCCCAAGAGUAAACCCAAAGCCGCCUGCUGCACUUGAUCAAACUGAUGUAUGCUUGACCUCCACAUGUGACUCUUUAUGAACUCAGCACAAGUGGAGCAGGCAGAUCAAAUACAAACGUCUGACAUCGCACGUGCAUGAUUUCUGCAGAACAAAUGUUAACCCUCAUCACUCACUUUAACAUCAUAUGGAUACACGUGGGAGAACUCGAGGAACUCUACAACUGCACAGCGUCCAGAACUGUGUUUUCAAGCUUUUCUAUUUCUCGUUGACCAUUUUUACCGGUGAAAAGCUUCACAGUUUUGCAGAUGUUGUUAUGAGAUGCGGUCAUGUUCCAUAUUGGAGAAAUUUUAUAUUUUUGAAGUCAUUGUGAAGAGACAGUUACAUACAUACAGUAGUGUUCAGAAUAAUAGUAGUGCUAUGUGACUAAAAAGAUUAAUCC